AUGGCCACGGACACGUGGCGUGAUAGCGGUAGCCGCGACCGCUAUCGCGAUUCGCACGACGACUACCGUCGCGACUCGCACUCGCACCACGGGGACGGUCGUCGCGACAACCACUGGACGGCGAGCCGCGACGACGACUGGGAGGAGCUUGAGGAUAAGAACGACCCGGAGCUGCAGGGGCUAGAGUACUCGGAGUUUCGGUGCAAGAAGCGCGAGAAGAUGCGCCGCCUGCACCGCCGCCUGCUCUGGCGCAUCACGCCCAGCCCGCCCCGGGAUCGCCCGCCGAUUCCUGCGCCGCCGGCGGAAGCGAACGGGCAUGCGAAGGGCGGCAGCAGGAGCGGAUCGGAGGACGAUGAUAGGGAAAGGAGUGAUGGUGAACGGAGGGGUGCGGAUGCGGGGAAGGAGAGGGAGCAGGGUGGAUUGAUUAACGGGGAUGUGGAUGCGGUUGCGGAACGAGAGAAGAAGGAUGAAGGGGGGGAUGCAAAGGGCGGCGGCGGGGAGAGUGAGGAGGACAAGGGUGGUAAGCAGGGGGCGAGCGGCGGAGACAAAGAAGCGUUGGAGAACGGCGGAGAGGGUGGUUCGUCGGACGAUGAACGCCUCGCGAAAAAGAGGAAGGAAAAGCAGGAUGGAGGCGCUGUGAAAGGAAAGAGCAAGGCGCGGAAGCGGUCGGAGGAUAGUGAUAGCAGUGAGGGGGAAAGCGAUGAGGAGAGUGACGAAGAGAGUAGUGAUUCGGAAGACGAAGAAAGCGAGAGCGGCUCGAGCGAGGACGAGUCGUCCAGCGACGCGGGCGACGAGAGCGACGGAGGGGCGAAGAAGCGCGCGAGGAAAGCGGGCAAAGCGGGGAGGAAGAGCGGAAGCGAGAAAGGCGAGGAGGACGAGGAGGAGGACGAGGAAGGUGGAGGUGGCGAGGACGAAGAGGAGAUGGACCCUGAAGUGCUCAUGUUCAAGCAGUAUGUUGAAGAGCAGAAACGCGCGCAGCUCGCCGCUAUGGAAGCCGAGCCGUUUGUCGGUCCCGCGCCCGCGGCCAAGGCGGAGGGGCACAUCAGCUACGGAGGGGCGCUGCGUCCCGGAGAAGGAGACGCCAUUGCGCAGUACGUGCAGCAAGGGAAGCGUAUUCCACGUCGUGGUGAGGUGGGUUUGUCGGCGGACGAGAUUUCCAAGUUUGAAGAUCUCGGGUAUGUGAUGAGUGGAAGCAGGCACCAGAGGAUGAAUGCUAUCCGUAUCCGAAAGGAAAACCAGGUGUACAGUGCGGAGGACAAGAGGGCGCUGGCGAUGUUUAACUAUGAGGAGAAGGCGAAGAGGGAGCACAAGGUUAUGUCAGACCUGCAGCGGCUGGUGCAGAGGCACAUGGCGGCGCAGGAUGGGCCCAAAGAGGGAGAUGGUGCUGCUGCUGCUGCUGGUGGGGAGGAUGAGGAUGCGGAGUGA